CAUGGUAAUUUCCUAAUACAUGCAGCUUUGGAUCGAUCCAGCGAUGAUGUGGAUUGGAUCUAGCAGUUUCUGAUUACGUCAGGGCAUUCUCCUUACCUGAUAAACAGGAGAGAAUAUCCGCGGUCGGCAUUUUGUUCGCCUCGACUUGCUGGACAUUGAUAGCCAGAAAGGUGUACUUACACAUCUUACGCUUUUGGAAUCGUCGCACGUCGACACGAUGGACUCAUUGCCAGAACACUGCAUCUCUGUGAUUCUCGCCCUCACAUCCCCUGAAGACGUAUGCAGGCUCGCUCAAGUGUCGCGCACUUUCCGAUCAGCUGCUCAGUCCGACGUCAUCUGGGAAGGCUUCUUGCCGCCUGACUGCAAAACCCUGCUCGCAAGGUUGGUGAGGCCCCUCAAGUUCAGUUCCAAGAAGGAGCUCUACCUCAGCUUGUGCCAACCUCAGCUCGUUGACUCCGGGAGAAAGAGCUUCAAGCUGGAGAAAUUGUCUGGGAAGAUAUCGUAUGUGCUGUCUGCAAGAGAGCUUUCCAUAGCAUGGAGCGAUGUCCCCACGCACUGGACCUGGAAAUUUGUGCCCGAUUCGAGAUUUCAGGAAGUGGCGGAGCUCAGAACAACACAUUGGCUGGAGAUCGAAGGCCGAAUGCCCACCGCAAUGCUAUCCCAAAACACUCUCUAUGAAGCCUAUCUCAUCAUGAAAAUCUCUCACCGUGCAUACGGGCUAGAUGUGAUGCCAUCACAAGCAUCAAUCGAGUUGAAAAACCAGGUAGUGUUCACAAGCACAGCAAUUCUGCAGCAAGGCCAUCAAGAAAGCAGAAACAAGCAAGAACCGGGGGUUGAAGGUGAAGAGAAAGUCCCGAUGGAAAGAGAAGAUGGGUGGAUGGAGGUUGAGCUUGGAGAGUUCUUCAAUGGCGGAUAUGGCGGAGAUCAUCAUGAGGUGGUGAAGGUGAGCUUCAAGGAGGUGAAGGGUUAUCAACUGAAGGGAGGGCUUGUCAUUGAAGGCCUUGAAGUGAGGCCUAAAAGAAUUGUGUGAAAAGAUCAUCGAUAAUUGCAAGGAUCAUUAGGGUUCUUGUUUAUUGUAAAUCUGGUAUUCUUUUUAAAAAAAAUUCUAGGCGUCUUAUUGUUCA